AUGUCGGGCUUGAAGUUUGGUUUUACUCUGUGUAGUACUUCAAUAUCGUACUCUGCAUUUAUGCUGUUACCAGACGUCACUCAGAGGUUUGGAAGGAGCUACAUAUUUGGCUCCAGUGGUUUCCUCAUGGUCCUGGUAUGCCUUAUCUUCAGUGUCCUGUCCACCAUAGAACACUAUGCCGAUUUUGCCAGCGGAACACUCUUUGUGAUGGAGAUUGUCCUGGUGCUGUUCUUUGGGACAGAGUACGUGGUGCGGCUCUGGUCUGCCGGCUGCAGGAGCAAAUAUGUGGGGAUCAAGGGACGACUCCGCUUCAUCAGGAAACCCAUUUCUAUCAUAGAUCUGAUAGUGGUUAUUGCCUCCGUCGUAGUGCUGGGUGUAGGCUCCAAUGGCCAAGUGUUUGCCACAUCUGCUAUCAGGGGAAUCCGCUUCCUCCAGAUUCUACGCAUGCUGCACGUGGAUCGUCAGGGAGGAACAUGGAGGCUUCUUGGAUCGGUAGUCUUCAUCCAUAGACAGGAGCUGAUCACCACGCUGUACAUCGGCUUCCUGGGGCUGAUUUUCUCCUCCUACUUUGUGUACCUGGCGGAGAAGGAUGCUGUGGACGAGGAGGGAAAGACUGGCUUCUCCAGCUACGCUGAUGCCCUGUGGUGGGGCGUGGUGACGGUGACCACCAUUGGCUACGGGGACAAGAUUCCUCAGACGUGGAUAGGGAAGUGCAUUGCCUCCUGCUUCAGCAUCUUCGCCAUCUCCUUCUUCGCUCUGCCUGCAGGUAUACUGGGCUCGGGCUUUGCUCUGAAGGUGCAGCAGAAACAGAGACAGAAACAUUUCAACAGACAGAUCCCGGCUGCAGCCUCACUAAUCCAGACGCUGUGGCGCUGCUAUGCAGCAGAGAAACGAGAAGGCUGUCCCGCCACCUGGAAGAUGUAUGUCCUCACCGGAGACUACAUUCCCCCCAUGAACUCUGAAAACAACAACCCAAACCUCAGAAACAAGUCAGUUAGUGACGUGCUGCCUCUAGGUGAGGGAGUGGAGCACAAUGAAGGCCCCGAGGAAUUCAGAGACUCAAAGAGCGUUGACCUCAGUUAA